AUGGAUCCCCCUCAACUGUAUCUACCAGAGUCCUUUAAGUUUGCCUGUGGAAGAGAUGGCCAAUACCAAAGAUUUCAGCGACCCAGGAAGAAAAACAUCUCAUUCAAAAGGAAGGGGAUUGAAAGAUGGCAUAGAGCUGUGUCCACCAACUUAGUAAAGCAAAAUGUGUUGGUCCCCAGAGAGGAAUCAUCCGGUGAUAGCGACAUGGAAUUUCAUAAAAGCCAACAAAAUCAGAAAAAAAAAUGGAGGAAGAAAGUGAAGACUGUUUUGGGGAGGGUGCUGUCAUACAAGCAUAGAAGCAAGCCAGCAAGUGUCAGCAGAGAGGGCGCCACUAACCGCAAGGAAACCCUCCCUUCAAGUACACACAGUCUGCUUCCCAGAAUUGUCAAGGAGCUUCCAUCUCCCAAAUUAUUCACCAAACCAAGAAUGAGAAAGCUGUCACAGAAUGCAACCAUACAGCUUGAUGUUGUAGAAGCGGAGACAGAGGAGAUAACCCAAGGAAACACCCUUCUCCGCGCCCGGAGAACCACCAAGCGGUUAUCUGUGACAUCCCUUCCUUCAGGGCUGCAGAAGGUUCCAUAUUCACCAAAAAAGAGACCAUACUUUCUAGCACUUAAAAGAAAGAAACAUGGCAUGGAAAACAUCCUCCGGAAAUCAGAUUUGACUGUAGGAAAGCUUCAAAUGCAGGUGGAUGAUCUCAUAGAAACAGUAACAGAUAAAUCCAUGAAGUUAUUGGCCCAAAGACAUGCUGAGCUUCAACAGUGUGAGUUUCUAGGGGACGAAAUACUUCAAUCUUCUAAGCAGUUCCAGAGAAUAUCUAAGAGAACCAUGAGGAAGUAUAAGUUAAAAAAUGUGUGUUUCCCGUGCACCUGCUGCUGCUUCUGAAUUUGUUCCUGACUGCAUAAAAGUUAUCUUCAAAGGUAUUU